AUGUAAAUAUCAAAUAAAAACUUAUUCUGGACAUACACCUUAUUUAUUAAUUAAUACUACAAACCUAAAUAAGUCACACCUUAAAAUUUGAAUUCUUCCUAAAAUAAACCUCAUAUCAAAAAUUAAAAUUUUCUUGCCUAAACAGGUAAAGGUCCUAUUCGGAAAGUUAAUAAUUAUAAAUAUUUUAUUUCUAUCAUUAACUUAAAUUAAAUAUAUUUAUUUAUUUAAACCCAAAAAGAUCUGAAAUUCUUAUCUAUUUUGAUACAUGCAAAUUCCAAUAAUUUUAAUAAAGCUUUAGCUGUUGCUUCUCUCUCUCUUCUUUCAACAUUAAUAUCUUGUUAGAGCUACAUUAUUAGAUAGAGUUUAAAAUCCUAUUCUUUUUUAUCAUCAAAGGCCUUAGAGUAUAAGAUUUAUGAUAUACUUCUCUUUCAGAUUUUUAAUUAUGAGCAUAAUCUUGAAGCUUUUUUACUUGAUCUCUAAGGAUCUUUAAUCUUUAUUCAUCCUUAGGUUUUUCAGAGGACUUAAAUUUGUUUACAAAACAAUUUUAUGGAAUAGCAAAUAUCCAUCUUUCCAACUUUACAAAAACAUCUUGAUAUAAUAUUAGUACAUUUAUUUAUUUAAAUAGACUUAUUAAUUUGAUUUUACUUAUCAUUCUGUAUUUCAAUUAUUUUGGUAUAUAUCUAUUUUACAUAAUACUCAAGCUAAUAUUUUUUAGGCUCUUAUGAAGAUGUUUGGUAGUUUAAUGGAAUAAAAGAAAUAGUAAAACACAAAUGAUUUAAUACCAAUUGAUAAUAAUUUUUUAUUACCAAAUAUUUUUGAAAUUUUUGAAAACAAAUAAACUAAAUCAAAUAAAAAAUAAAAAUUAUUGGAUAAAAGUGAAGAUAAUAAAAAAAUUUCAAUCUUAACUGAAAUUGAACUCCCUAAAGAAAAAUUAUAUAAAGAAGCAUAAAAACAGAAAAAAAGAAAGAUAAAUGGAUGCUCAUGA